GUCGUGCACACAUGAUGAGGACCUGCGUGCUCGUGUGCGUCCUGGCUCUGCUCGCGCCCGCGUGCGCGCGCGCGGCUCCACGCCUGCGCGCGCCCCGCGGCUAUAAGCCGACGCCGCAGGUCCAUGCAGACAGGUUUUCUGACCCUAAGAAGAGAUCCAAACUUCCCCACCUUCGUGACAAGAUUGGGAAGGACGCGUCCAACAACACGUCCAACUUGUGGAGGCGACCUCGCUGCGGCGUUCCAGACUAUCCAAACCACAGGGAGAUCCUUUACCCGGGUCAACACCGCCAGAGGCGCUUUGUCCUCUACGGAGGACGGCUGGACAAGACGGACCUCACUUACAGGAUUGUGCGUUUCCCAUGGCAAAUGGGCGAGGAGAAGGUCCGUCGAGUGUUCCGGGAAGCUCUGAAGAUCUGGAGCGACGUGACGCCACUCACCUUCACCGAGAUCCGCAGCGGGAAGGCCGACAUCCGUAUCGACUUCACCAGGUACUGGCACGGAGACAGCCUCCCCUUCGACGGCCCGGGUGGAAUCCUGGCUCACGCCUUCUUCCCCAAAACGCACCGUGAAGGCGACAUGCAUUUCGACUACGACGAGUCGUGGACGCUCGGCAACCACAUGGGCACGGAUCUCCUCCAGGUGGCGGCUCACGAGUUUGGACACGUGUUGGGUUUGCUGCACUCCGAGGAGCCGGGCGCCAUCAUGUCCGCCUACUACUCCUUCUCCUACCCGCUCAUGCUGAGUGACGACGACAAGCGAGGCAUUCAGUACCUCUAUGGCACUCUUCCCAGAGUCCUGCCGCCACCGCCUCCACCACCGCCUCCACCGCCGCCUCCACCGCCACCUCCACCGCCACCUCCACCGCCACCGCCUCCCCCUCCGUCUCGGCCGCCUUCACCUCCGUCUCGGCCUCCUCAGCCGCCGCCGUCUGACCACGAGACCAACGAGAUCGUCUCUCAUCCCGACGUCUGCCAGACGGACUUUGACGCCGCCUCCAUGAUUCGUGGCGAGCUCUUCUUCUUCAAGUCGGGCUACGUGUGGCGAAUCAGGGACGGACGUCUGGAAAACGGUUAUCCCGCGUUGGCGUCUCGCCACUGGAGGGGAAUUCCGGACAAUAUCGACGCCGCUUUUGAAGACAAGGCGGGAAAUAUUUGGUUCUUUCAAGGUGAGAGCUACUGGGUGUUUGAUGCGGAGAUGCAGGUUCGUGGGCCUGAGUCCAUCAGGAGGCUGGGUCUGUCAGUGCCAGGCAUCCAGGCGGCGCUGCGUUGGGGUCACGACUCCAACUACAACACCUACUUGUUCCGCUCGGGAAGCUACUGGCGCUUCAGUCCUCGCCAGAAUCGCUUGGACUUGACGUACCCACGCAGCAUGCGCGACUGGAGCGGCAUACCCGCUGACGUGGACGCCACCUUCAGGGAUGCUUACGGCUACGCCCACUUCAUCCGAGGACGCCAGUACUGGAAGUUCGACCCGGUGGCCAUGAACUCCCUGGAAGGCUACCCUCGCUACGUAGGCGUGGACUUUUUCGGAUGUCGAAACAUGUGAUGGUGCUGAACGGAAGCGGACCAGGACGCGUGAACUUGACCUCCUCCGUGUGUUGGAAAACCUUGGUACUCAAAUUUUGUUGUUUGUCGGGAAAACCAGCACACUUACUCCAGGACUGGCCGGACAAGCCCGUCCAUCCUCAGGUGCUUCAGUCGGCCGACGUCACUCGGCACGUCAAUGCUGUGAAGACGCUUCCUGGCGCCACCUACAGGUCAAGGUGGAUCAGCGUGAUGCCUUCAGGGACCUCCUUCAUCAAGACCAGGUGCUGCCACUCCGACUCGUUAGUGCGGGUCACUGACGACUCUCCUUUUGCCAUCACGUUACUCUUUGAAGUUGCUAAAGCUGCGGCGCUACACGACUAGCUGGCCCGUUAUAAUGUCCCGCCCUCUUCCUGGUUUGAUCACUUAAGCUCCGCCCACUUAUACUGGCGCAGUAUAAGAAUAAUGUUAUGUUGCUCUAUUAAAGGAAAACAGCACUUUUUUUAAAUUUUAAACCAUCGUCUACAAUCCCCAUGAGGCAAGAACGCGUCUUUCACUUUAUUGUGCAUUCUAAAUAGUAAAAAACUGCUAAUUUUUUUACUUAAAACUAGUUACAUUUUUUACAUUUUAAUUACAUUAAAUUAUAUGUCUUUCACUUUAUUGUGCAUUCUAAAUAGUAAAAAAAAACUGCAAAUUUUUUUUUACUUAAAACUACUUAAAUUGUUUUAAUUUAAAAUUAGAUUAAAUUACACGUCUUUCACUUUAUUGUGCAUUCUAAAUAGUAAAAAACGGAUCAUUUUUUACUCAAAACUACUUUUAAAAAUUUAAAUUCAAAUUUAAUUACACGUCUUUCACUUUAUUGUGCAUUUGAAAUUGUAAAAAAAAUUCAAUUUUUUAAAACUUAAAAUUACUUAGAAAAAUUUUAAAUUCUAUUCAAUUAAACAUCUUUCACUGUAUUGUGCAUUCCAGAUAGUAAACAUCUGCUACUUUUUUCCUGUCAAAACUGCUAGUUUUUUUAACUUUAAAAAUGUAUUUAAAUUACACAUCUUUCACAUGAGUGUGCAUUCUAAAUAGUAAAAAACAGCUUUUUUUUUUUUUACCUUAAAAUUACUUUUAAAAUGUACCUUUAAAUUAAAUUACACAUCUUUCCCUUUUAAGUGCAUUCUGAAUAGUAAAAAACUGCUAUUUGUUUUACUCAAAAUUACUUAAAUUUUUUUAAUUUAAAUUAAAUUAAAAUCAAUUAAAUUACACCUCUUUCACUUUAUUGUGCAUUCUGAAUAGUAAAAAAAAAAUGAUUUUUUUUUAAACUUAAAAUUACUUAAAAAAAUUAAAUUAAAUUACACAUUUGCCAUUUUACUGUGCAUUCUAAAUCAUUAAGAACGGCUAUUUAUUUUUUACCUAAAAUUACUUUAAACAUUGUAAUUCAAAUAAAUUACAUUUCACGUCUUUCACUGUAUUGUGCAUUCCAAAUUGUAAAAAUCUGCUAGUUUUUUUCCUGUCAAAACUGCUAGUUUUUACUUUAAAAAUGUAAUUAAAUUACACAUCUUCCACUUUAUUGUGCAUUCUAAAUAGUAAAAAAUGCAAUUUUUUUUAACCUAAAAUUACUUCAUACAAUCUAUUUCAAUUUAAAUUAAUUUAAAAUAAAUUAA